CAACCCAGAAAGGUUGGGAACUGUGUCCUAAAGCCAUGGUGAGCUAGGCUUUGCUUAUGCCGCAAACUGAAAGCCAUCUGUCGCAGCCGUUUAAAGCGGUGACGUUCGAGCCUUAUUUGACACCUUGCGCUUCCUGUCGCAGGGGGACGAGGGUCGUGUGAUUUUUAUUUUUCGAGGCCGGAAACAUCUGGAUUUUCAGCAGCCCUUAGCCAGUCUAUUUUAUAGACGAGAGAUCCCGGUCUGGGAACAGACUGCAGCCGGCCUUCAUAGGCGGAGAAAAGGCGUGCAAAAUCGCCCGGCCGCCGCGGCAAUGCAGCCGAGUUGAUGAGUGGCAGCAACAGCUGCCAAUCAAGUUGCCAGUUCUUUCCCCAGGUCUUGUUGCCGGCGGGGCGAAAGGGGCGUGCGCCGGAGGAGGCGGGGCUGGCCUCAAGCCUUUACCCACACAGCGAAUUCGCCCGCCACCGUCAAUUCCUCCGCCAUUGGUCCGGUGCCUGCUUUCUCCAGCUUCCGGCGUUCCUGGCUUGGCUACUCCUGUGACUUCUCCUUGCAAGGCCUGAAAUUCGGAUUACCGGACUUGUUGACAAACCUCAGUGGAGGCCCCUAACCUCGGAGGGGAUUUUGAGCUGUUUGUUUUUGGAACGAGUACAGUAAGGAACUGGCUGGCUGCAGACACUCCCGAACUGAAGUGUAUCCCUAGCUGAUGCUGAAUAAAUCUCAUCAUGGUAGCUGAAACCUUAGGCCUGGAAAGCUCCUCAAUAUGGGUGCUGGCACUGUUGGGAACUUUUACAGUAACUGUUCUUGGACUGGUGCACAAACUAGGACUCAUUUAUCAAUUCUGGCAUCAGGUGGACCCUAAAAGUACCCGGCAUGGUGGGGAGAUAGUGGCAGAGGUGCUAAAAGCUCAUGGUGUGCGUUACUUGUUCACGCUUGUGGGUGGACACAUCUCCCCCAUUUUGGUGGCUAGUGAGAAAUUGGGCAUUCGUGUUGUGGACACAAGGCAUGAGGUGACUGCUGUAUUUGCAGCAGAUGCAGUGGCCAGGCUCUCAGGAACAGUGGGAGUUGCUGCAGUGACAGCAGGACCUGGAGUAACAAAUACAGUGACAGCUAUGAAAAAUGCCCAAAUGGCAGAAUCUCCCGUGUUGCUGAUUGGAGGGGCAGCAGGCACAUUGCAGAAGGGCCGAGGAGCUCUCCAAGAUAUUGACCAAUUAUCUCUAUUCAAGCCACUCUGCAAAUUCUGUGCUUCAGUGAACACUGUCAAAGAUAUUGUUCCUGUGCUGCGAAAAGCAAUUGCUGUUGCCCAAUGUAAUACGCCAGGCCCUGUGUUUGUAGAGUUUCCUUUGGAUAUUCUAUAUCCUUAUCAUUUGGUUGAGAGAGAGAUACUUAGGAAUGCUUUUCCCAAGAGCCUGAAAGGAAAGGCCUUGAACUGGUUCCUGCACAAUUAUUUGAGAAACCUGUUUGCUGGAGCUUGGGAAGUACAAGACUUUUCACCUCUACCAGUGAAUAUGCCAGAAGCCACAGAGGCACAGGUGCAGCAGUGCGUGGAGCUGAUCAGCAGGGCUAGGAAGCCACUCCUACUGCUAGGCAGUCAAGUGACCCUCCCUCCAAUUCCAGCAAAUAAGCUUAGAGAAGCUUUAGAAGAACUCGGGAUUCCAUGUUUCCUAGGAGGCAUGGCCCGUGGCAUGCUAGGAAAGAACAGUCCAAUUCACAUUCGUCAAAACCGGCGUGAGGCUCUCAAGGAGGCAGAUCUGGUUAUUCUGGCAGGCACAGUCUGUGAUUUUCGCCUGUCAUAUGGACGCAUCUUGAGUAAGCACAGCAAAAUCAUUGCUGUUAACAGGAAUCGGGAGCAACUGUUUAAAAAUGCAGAUUUUCACUGGACACCAAAUAUAGCCAUAAAAGGGGAUGCUGCAUUGUUCUUUGUGUGCUUAAACCAAAAGCUGAAAGGCUAUUCAUGUCCUCAGGAUUGGGUAAUGAGUCUGAAGAAGGCUGAUCAGAGGAAGGAGAAAAUAAACAGAGAGAAGGCAGAAGAACCAACAGAACAGCAUCUUAACCCACUGAAGCUCUUGCAUCAUGUAGAUUACUUGCUUCCCGAAGACAGUCUACUAGUUGCAGAUGGAGGUGAUUUUGUAGCAAGUGCUGCCUAUAUUAUAAAGCCAAGGGGACCUCUAUCUUGGCUGGAUCCAGGAGCUUUUGGAACUUUGGGAGUUGGGGGUGGAUUUGCCUUAGGAGCCAAGCUCUGCAGGCCAGAAUCAGAGGUGUGGAUCUUAUAUGGAGAUGGCUCACUUGGAUUCAGCAUCAUGGAAUUUGAUACUUUUGUGCGACACAGGAUACCCGUUAUUGCCCUUGUGGGGAAUGAUGCCUGCUGGACUCAAAUUUCCAGGGAGCAAAUGCCCUUGUUGGGUAGCAAUGUAGCUUGCGCUCUGGAUUACUUAGAUUACCAUGUGGUGGUAGAAGGUUUAGGAGGGAAAGGUUUGUUGCUUACACGCAAGAAUGAGGACCAAAUGGAUGACAUCAUCCGGACAGCACAAUCCAAAUGCAGGAAUGGACAGCCCAUCCUUCUCAAUGCAUUGAUUGGGAAAACAACCUUCCGUGAAGGCUCCAUUGCUAUGUAGGCUGUGGCUAUGGCUGCAGUACCUGAGAGUUACAUAAAGAGUAGAACCUCUGCUUCGCAUGAAGGCUCUGGCUCUGUUGAAUUGUCAUUAAGCUAGGGGUUGGGUCACCCUGAGAGCCAGAAUCGCUAGCUAUUGUUAACACUUAGUAAGCUUUUGAGGCCUGUUUUGUCUUUCUGUUGUCUCACUUUGCUUCUUUUUGUUAACAUGGUAUGUUUAGCUUGGUAAACCCUCAUUGACUGAUUCUGACUUGCCAAUCAGAAAAAGUGUCUAUGUCUAAUGGAAAAAGCCUGGGUGGGUAAGGAGGGAACUUAAUUCUUUUCUUUUACAUCUAUUUCUCAGAAUAUGAAAAAAUAGAGAGUAUAUUAAUAACAAUAGAAUGAUAGUGCAAAUAUCAGUGAAUACUCAAAAUACCUUGUGAUAAAAAUAAUACAAAUGUGUGACCAUAUAUUCAAACUAUAUUAGAACUAAAGUUGUCAUUUAAAAUAUGUCAAAAUACUUUUUGAAGUUUAGUUGGGAAAAAUUAAAUGUAAUUGUCAAAGCAACUUAAAUGAACAAAAUCAAUUAAUCAGUUUUAUUUUCUCCUUUAGAUGAUUUAUUAAACCUGGAAGAGUAAAUGUAAUGAUCUUUGAAUGUUUUUUUAAAAUAAUAAUUAUAGUUUGACCAAAUUUGAGAGUGAUUUUGUUAAGAUAUUUCUAGUUAUAUGUGUUUUGCAUAUUUUGAAGUUUUGUAGCUCUUAAUUUCCAAAGUAUUUUGACAAAUUGUUCAAUUGAUAUAAUUUAAUAUAUAAUGUGAUACAUAUUUGUAGUUUACCCAGAUUCUAUUAAUUAUUUAUAUGUUUUUAUAGUGUGCUUUAAGGAAUUUAUUCAAUACAAAUUGGACAUCAAAUAAAAUCCACUUAAUCUUUACUUAUUUUUCUAUAGAAGUAUACUAUUUCAAUUUCAGCUUGCUCUGAAAUGGACACUGAAAUAAAUCUACACAGAACUAUAUCUUCCAAAUUUAGUGGAACUUAAUCCCAAGUGGUUCUUGAUUGAGUAGCAGUAAAUGUUUGUCAACUUUUUGAAUAUAAUUAAGAUUAAAAUUAACGUUUAUAAAAUUAA